AUGCUGCUCCACUUCCUGCUGGAGGAGCUCAAGAAGAAGAAGAUGAAGGGCGUGGACCUGCCGCAGGACGCACUCGCCGUGCAGCGCCUGCGGGACGGCGCCGAGGCGGCCAAGAAGCCCCUCGUCGACCGCAUCGUCGCGCCCUGCGAGUCGGUCCUCCAGGUGAGUCCUCCAUGCCACAGGAAGCUCGAAGAGCUGCGCGUUGUUGGUGGCUCACCGGCCGGCUUCGUGGUGCUGGUGGUCGUCGGCUGA